AUGGCUGAAGGCGCGCCCAAGGCCCCAGUGGUCGCAGAGGCCCAUGAGGUCGACACCUUCCAUCCCCCCCAGAAGAUGCUUGACAAGCAUCCCAGCAAACCUCACCUGUCUGGCCUGGAGGACUACCAACAACUCUACAAGCAGUCUAUCACGGAGCCAGAGAAGUUCUGGGGCACCAAGGCCAGGGAGCUCCUCUCCUGGUCCAAGGACUUCCAGACUGUGCGCACUGGAAGCCUCGUCAACGGCGACAGCGCCUGGUUCCUCGAGGGUGAGCUGAAUGCCUCGUACAACUGCGUCGACCGUCAUGCCGCCAAGGACCCCGACCGCGUCGCCAUCAUCUACGAGGCCGAUGAGCCGAGUGAGGGCCGGAAUCUCACCUACUCUGAGCUGCUCCGGGAGGUCUGCAGGACGGCCUGGGUACUGAAGCAGAUGGGCGUCAAGAAGGGUGACACAGUCGCUGUCUACCUGCCCAUGAUCCCGGAGGCUCUCAUCGCCCUGCUAGCCAUCACCCGUAUCGGAGCCGUCCACUCUGUGGUGUUCGCCGGUUUCUCCUCAGACUCCCUCCGCGACCGUGUCAUAGAUGCCCAGUCCAAGGUGGUCAUCACCACCGACGAGGGCAAGCGUGGUGGCAAGCUCAUUGGCACCAAGAAGAUUGUGGACGAUGCUCUGAAGCAAUGCCCCGACGUCAGCCACGUGCUUGUGUACAAGCGCACUGGCGCUGACGUGCCAUUCACCCAGGGCAGGGAUUGGUGGUGGCACGAGGAGGUCGAGAAGUGGCCUGCAUACAUUGCCCCUGAGCCUAUGAACUCAGAGGACCCACUCUUCCUCCUGUACACUUCUGGGUCGACCGGGAAGCCCAAGGGCGUCUUGCACACCACUGGCGGCUACCUGCUUGGUGCCGCCAUGACUGGCAAGUACGUGUUCGACAUCCACGAUGGGGAUCGCUACUUCUGUGGUGGAGACGUCGGUUGGAUCACAGGACACACCUACGUUGUCUACGCACCUCUCCUGCUCGGUGUUUCAACAGUCGUCUUCGAGGGCACACCAGCGUACCCCAACUUCUCGAGAUACUGGGAGAUUAUCGAUAAACACCAGGUGACACAAUUCUACGUGGCACCGACCGCACUGCGGUUGCUCAAGCGCGCUGGCGACCACUUCGUCAAGAGCAAGAUGAGCCAUCUCAGAGUGCUUGGCUCCGUCGGCGAGCCCAUCGCUGCUGAGGUAUGGAAGUGGUACUUUGAGGUUGUCGGAAAGGAGGAGGCACAAAUCGUCGACACCUACUGGCAGACCGAGACCGGUUCCAACGUUAUUACUCCCCUCGCGGGCGUGACCCCAACGAAGCCUGGAUCCGCGUCUCUCCCCUUCUUCGGCAUCGAGCCUGCCAUUAUCGACCCUGUGUCUGGCGAGGAGAUCCACGGUAACGAUGUGGAGGGCGUCCUCGCCUUUAAGCAGGCAUGGCCUAGCAUGGCCCGUACAGUAUACGGCGCACACAAGCGUUAUAUGGAUACAUACCUGAAUGUUUAUAAGGGCUACUACUUUACUGGUGACGGUGCCGGCCGAGACCACGAGGGAUUCUACUGGAUCCGCGGCCGUGUUGAUGAUGUUGUCAAUGUCUCUGGCCACCGUCUGUCAACCGCCGAGAUUGAAGCCGCACUGAUCGAGCACCACUCCAUUGCAGAGGCCGCGGUCGUGGGUAUCAACGACGAGCUGACCGGCCAGGCCGUCAAUGCCUUUGUGGCCAUCAAGGAUGGCAGCGAGGCGUCUGACGCCCUCCGCAAGGAGUUCAUCCUGCAGGUGCGUAAGAGCAUCGGGCCAUUCGCAGCGCCCAAGGCUGUCUACAUCGUGCCGGACCUGCCCAAGACCCGGUCGGGCAAGAUCAUGCGACGUAUCCUGAGGAAGAUCCUGGCGGGCGAGGAGGACCAGCUGGGAGACAUUUCGACCCUCUCGGACCCGUCGGUAGUUGAGAAGAUCAUCUCGAUAGUCCACAGCGACCGGAAGAAGUGA